AUGGGUUGUUCUAUACAAAAAUCGUCUGAUCGUAUACUGGAGAGCAAACGAUACUCCGAAAAUACAAAUACACGUAAAACUAUAUGAAUUACAACAUUAGUAACACCAGAUAAAAAACCAAGUUUAGAUGUUUUUAAUCCAAUAUUAGGGAAAGUAGUACAAGUACCAAUUCUGGUACCUGCUUCUAAAAGCAGUAUAAUGAAGAGAAGGAGUACAUAGAUGACUAUAGGAUUAUGA